GUUGCAGCUGCAGCAGUAGAAUUAUUUUCCAUACUUUUUUUUUAGGCCGCAUCUCAUCUUUUAUCCCAGACUCAUCCACCCGAAAAGAAAUUACUCCGUAUCUUCUAGCCCUAGAACGGAGGCCGCCGCCGUCGCCUCCACCAUCGGCUCCAGCAUUAGCACUCUCCUCUGGCAACCGAUGCAUGUCUUCCUCCUCCUACAGCCGGCGUCCUUUUCCAAAGGCGCUAACUUUCUUUGUCUUCUAACAGGCUGAGACCACCGGUGGCGCUAGGUAUGCUUCCCCACGGCGCACCCCGCCCUGAGCCCCUAGAGUCAGGAGGGAUUCGAAGGCCCCAUGAUGCGGGCCUGCUGUCCGCUUCCUCUUCUGUGCUCUCCUCUGCUCCCAUCCGGCGACCCACAAAAGUAUUCAUUCUGCAAGCAAGAAGCUCAUAAACGAAAGCGAAGAUAUGGUGAUCCACUAUAUGUAUACUUCCGAUGGUAGAGCGCUUCUGGGGACAACGCUCUGGCCGGAGCCGGCAAGAGGGAGAGAACAGACACUGCACCCGCCGCGUCUAGCAAGAAGCCGCUCACCCGGGCCAGUGCCAGUGCCAACCAGGCCCGCACGCGGGCCACCGACGCCGCCACUACGCCCGCCACCGACCCCGUCCCAGAGGAGGAGGAGCCCGCAGCAGCCUGCGGGGGACAGUCCGGCAGCAGAAGCCGGGACGGAGGGGGACAAGCCUCCCCCCACAAGCACAGCGACCCCGCAAGGUCCCGAUGCGCCCACCACAGGGGCGGACGACACCGUGAUCCACCUCACCUCUGACGCCGAGGACGGAGCGCUGAGGGACGAGCCGGAGGUGGCCCCUACGCCAAGCCCCGCCGCCCGAGAUACGAUGGUGGUGGCACCUACCGUUGCUACCGGAGUGGGGCUCGACGGUGCGUCCCCGGCCCCGCCGGCCGGAGGCGCGGACCGCUCAGCAGGAGGCGACUCUUGCCGAGGGCGUGGACCCCCACCAGACCCGCAACCCACUGGCGCGAGGGUAGAGGAAGACGUGGCCGGGGAGCAGCAGGCGGCUCCCCUGCAAGGGGACGAUGCUCCUCCCGGCCAAACCAUGGCGGCGGGGGUCUCGUCAUCGUCCGUCGCUACCUCCAGCCCAAACCUCGGCAUCCUUGCCGGGGCGACUUGUGACCCAAUCACCUGGAACCCAAGUAUCUACGAUCAGGGGCACCAGUUCCUUGACGCCAUCAAGGAGCAGCAACUGGCGUUCGUCACCUCGUUCAACAAGGUGAGGGAGCACCACGAGCUCGUGAAGGGCCAGCUGGGCGAAGUGCGGCGGGAUGUCGAGAGGGAGCGGCAGGAGCUCUCCCGGCUAAGGGAGGAGACCCACCUGGCUCGGCUGGCCCGGGACGAGGCCGCAACGCCGGUCAUCCCCGAGGCAGAGCUCCAACGGCAACUGGAGGCCCAACGCACCGAGCACCAGCAACUACUAGACUCAUUGGCCGCGGCGCGGGAGAAGGCCAACAAGGAGCACGAGGAGGUGCUCGCAACAGCUCAAGCUCGCCUCAACGAGAAGAGCGAGCAGGUCAGCAGCUACUCCUCCCAGAUCCAGGUGCUGCGCACGAAGCUGGAGAGCAAGCCAUGGCCGCGGAGGACGCAGCAGCGGCGUCGGCGCUGCGAGAGAAGGAGCUCAAUUCCGCCAAGGAAAAGAGCGCCCAUCUCGAGUCCGAAUUGUCCGUCGCCCGGGGUGAGCUCGUCAAGAUGGGCGAGGACAAUGUGAGCAAGGCCAAGGAGAUCGCGCGGCUCGCGGAACUCCUCCGCAAGGCCAAGCAUGCGGUGGCGCUGGCGCGCGGCAACCACGACAAGUUGGCGGAACAGCGGCGGAGGGAGACCGAGAAGCUGCACGAGAUCGCCCAGGCCGUACGCGAGCUGCUGCCAAGGUUCGAGCUGCAAGCCGCGAAGGUGGACGGUACGGACGUCAGCACCCUGAUCCCGUUCUUCUCCGACAUGGUGGGGAAGCUCGGGGCGCUGGACGUGUGGAUCUCCAAGUUCUGCGACGGGGAGAUAGCGUCGUGCGCCAGGCAGAUCGCCAAGAGAUCCUCCCCCGGGUGCACUACCACCACCUCGACUUCCCCUUCGAGAUGCUGCUGGACGCGUGGUCGGACAGCGAGGACGGCCCCUCCCACACCAGGGCGGUAAGCAGGUUCGUCGAAGAAGUGGUGGAGCGGAUGCAGAGGAAGCCGGAGCCGGAGCCCCCAGCGGAAGCCCCCGGCAACCAGCCGUCUUAGUCCCCUGCAAGCUUUGUUUUCAUUUUGCUUCUUGCAAGUGGCGCUUGGCGCCGUUGAACAAUUAUGGUUUUAUUAGUCCAUGUAAUCAUUUGCGACUUUUAGGAAUCUUGCUUUCUGGUUCUACUUGGUACUUGUUCUUGAAAUUGACUCGUGGGGUGGGUCUUCCCGUCCCCGUGUGUUGCGCUUUGUGUUGCCGGGGACUCGCACGCUUCCCACUUAACCAGACCAGGGACCCGGGAUAGACCCGCGGUGCCAACCUGGGGCCAAGUGGCAGCGGCGAGCCACUCCGCUUGCAGGUUAGCUACCCCCAAGCACGCGCCUACGGGACGGACCCGCAAGCCGCAUGAGGAGCACACUCCCCCCGCAAGCGUCCUUCUAACACUCCAACCACACGCAAGACCCGACCCACACCAACGAGCCAGCGUUGAGUACUAGAAAGCUAGGCGCCUAGGAUAAUGCACUUAGCUGUCUGUUCUCAUGUCGAGCAUAUCAGUUCUGUACUUGGAACGCCUGAUGGAGGGGUGCGGCAGGGGCGCUGUGGCAGUGCACCCAUCGGCGCUGAGCACUGAUGGCAUGCACCCUCACAGCGUCUCCGCGGCAACCCUCGCCUUGGAACCGCCUGCUGGAGGGAUGCAGCAAGGGCACGGUGGUAGUGCACCCAUCGGUGCUGAGCACGGAUGGCAUGCGCCACCACCGUGUCUCUGCGGCCUCCCUCGCCUCUGUAGCCAUCUCCUUAGCUUUGCUCUGAGUUGCUUCGUGGCCACCAUGCCCUUUUUAGGCACGGCGAAGAAUCCUACCGCCGCGCGCGCCGAGCUACCACGGCACCCGUGGCGACACCCUCUUGCGGUAAGAACCUUGAAGCGGUCACCAUGCACCAGUGGCUCCCUGCUAGACAACACGGCCCGUGAGUACUCCACGAGCAUCACAGUGUGUCCGACCUCUAUCCUUAUCCUGCAUGUCAGAUUCUUACCAAGCCCGAGAUGCUGCAAAAAAAAUUCGAAAUGCACGAAAAACCGGUACAGCACAGACAUCCCUCCUGCCUCCCAGCCCCCGGGCAUAGAAGGGUCGAUACCAAACUUGGGUGUGAGCACUCUUCCAUUCCCAAGACGCAGCUACUGCGUGGUGUGCGUUGAGGGGAACCCGGCAACGGCACGACCCCGUGCCGGAGUGAUCCGGCAACAGGAUUUUCGUUUCCGAGGCUCCGGCAGCCCCCUGCUCA